AUGUGGUCUUGGAUUCUACUGCUGGUCUUCUCAUACGCAACCCUAGCUGUUGACGAUGAAGCUAUUCAGAAGGCUACUGCAAUACUUGUGAGCAAUUCGACUGACUCCAAUGGGACUGCAGGACCAGAUGAGGACUAUAUAAAGAAGAUCGCUGCUAGCCUGGAGUUAUUUAACAUUAAGAAAUCACAGUUGAGCAGACAAGGUACACAGAGCAAACCUUUUGAUGAGAAAGGCUACCGUACUGCUGUUGGCCCUCGUGACACUAACCGUACUGCCCCUCCUGAAGCCAGCGAGCAUCUCAAAGCAGUUGCUUUAGAAGGCGAUAUGAUCCUCAGCCCUACUCAAAUUAACAAUAUGCUAACUGGGACACCGAGCAGAAAGCGAAGACAGAGUCAAACAGAUCCACGAUCGAUGUGGGACCCAAAUACACCUAUUCCCUACUAUAUCGACCCUUCGCUCUAUAAUACUGUCGGCCUGAUAAACCAAGCUAUCAAGUUCUGGACGGAUAACACGUGUCUUUCUUUCACGCCGAAUUCUAAUGCUUUCAAUCGUCUUCGAAUUUACAAAGGAAAUGGAUGCUGGUCGUAUGUUGGGAAGCAAUAUUCGUGGGCUAGCCAGGAUGUAUCAAUUGGAGAAGGAUGCAACAACCUUGGAACAGUUUGUCAUGAAAUCGCUCAUGCUCUCGGAUUCUACCAUACUCAAUCACGAUCCGACAGAGACAGCUACAUAUACAUCAAUUAUGGAAAUGUCGAUGGAUCCUUGCAGUACAAUUUCCAGAAGCUCAGUACAUCAGCUGAAAAGCAUUAUGGAAUGGCUUACGACUACGGGAGUGUCAUGCAGUACAAUCCAUACGCAUUUGCCAUCAACUACAACAUUCCCACCUCUGUGGCUCGUGAUGUUAAUUACCAAAAUAUGAUGGGACAGAGAGAUGGGCCAGCGUUUUCCGAUGUGAAGCAGAUGAACCUACUUUACAAUUGCGCUGCAAGAUGCCGCUCGAGACCGCCAUGUCAGAAUAACGGUAUCGUCAACUCUAGAACGUGUACUACUUGCAUCUGUCCUCGAGCAUUUGCUGGAAACUACUGUAAUUCGCUUAGACAAGGCACCGGAUCAGCAUGCAACGGACAAGUCAUACAGGCAACCUCUUCGUCAUUCGCCUCUUUCACAGCGACGGUUGGCAAUGGAAUGAGCUACCAAUACAGCACCACCCCUUCGGAGUGUUUCUGGACUAUAAGUGCUCCUGCUGGACGACGUAUACAGUUCCAAAUCAAGAGUCUUGACACUAAUUGCAUGGAAGGUUGCAAUUGGUCAGGAUUCGAAGUGAAUACUGGAAACCUUGACCUCGCUGGAAUGUUAGUGUGCUGUUCUUCGAUCUCCAGCACUAUGUUCACCUCCCUAGGGAACAUGAUUACUAUUAGAGGAGUAUCGCGAUACAACAACGCAAACAUGGGAAUCAGCUACCGCGUGGUUUAG